AUGGCUGCACCUUCUCCCCCUCCAUUCAGAAAUGGCAGUCCCAGCAAGCCGGUACCUAAUGAGCUGAAGCAAUACUACUUAUGUUCCGCGUGGAAGUUCACGGACCGCGCAGUUGAUUAUCUGAUUGCCAAACUGAGAGACGAGCAAGUCCAAGAUGCUGAUUUCAGUUGGGAGUCCAAGUACGGAUGGAUCAAGACAAUCUCUCCAGCCAGCAAGGAAACCGAGAUACGAAAGUUUUGGCAAGAGCUUGUGACAGAGGUUGAACAAGACGCUUAUGAACGUGCCGAGGACAACAUCAUUCAGUACAACUUCACGCUCAAGCACGGGUUCAAGGACGAGAUGAUCGAGUACCCAGAUGGUCUUUCCGAAUCCAGCGAUGGCGAUGCCCGUAACCCUAGCAUCAAUGACUCCGAGGAUAUCGCAACGCGCAACACCUUUCCUCCACAGUUCAGUAACCGGUUCCCUAGCCUUGGGACCUGGACCAAGCUCGAGGGAGAGGACCCGUCUCUCACGAUUCAACGCGUCUUCAACGAAGAUGACCGACUCCAGCUUCAGCAAGAUACCGGGGUUGAGAUUUCGUACGAUCUGGGAAAGGUUGUAUACCUUGGUGCAGAAAGCCAAGACAAAAUCAAGAAGGCCAAGGAGAAACUAGAUAUCCUGCUGGAGUCUAUAACCGCCCCCGUACCUGAUGUCCAAUUUCUUCUCUACACCGAAGGCUACAAGGACCCGGUGCUCAACGACUCCAAGUUCGACAUCCGAUAUCUCGCCAACAUCGACCCCAAGCUCCCGUCUACAACUCUUUUGGAUCCGAUCUUAUUUCCAGAUUUACCCCAAGAGUAUGCUCGCAUGUACCACGUUGGAAGUUCUAUUCGACUUUGUCCAUACAACUCCGUACUACGCGCACACUCGUCUCUAUUCGGCCCUGUGAUUUUGACCAGAGAGCGGACGAAGAAUGAUAUGUUGGUGCCGCGUCCUGUUCUCACAACUAAGUCGGAAAGGACCUUGAUUGACAUAUCUACUGCCCCCAUCGAUGGACUAGCUGGCCCUAUUCUCAACGAAAAUGCGAUUGACCAAAGACUGAACGUCAAUGACUGGUUGAAUGAUAUUCCCGAAGGCUUAAAUUCAGUACCGACACAGGAUACCCUUGCGUCGAGGCCUGCCACGCCUGGCUUAGCGGUUCUGGUGCCAACUAUCUCUUGGGAUAUGCCCGCCCUUAUCCCGACACAAGGCACCAAGUUAUCAGACAAAGUUGAAUCAUCUAAAGCAGACAUAGAGAGGAGCACCCUCAAGGGUGAAUCUCUGAGUUUUGACCAAGAAAAGAAGCAGAAGAGUAUUCAACAAGUCCUUCAAGCUGUGCCCAGAUUUCUUGAAAACGGCCCAUAUCUGAGGGGGGAAGUCACCGUUUCGGCAGACUUUGGGCGUAUACUCAUUCCCGAGCUCGCAGCAAAUGCUACAGCCUUCAACGGCAGGAACACCAGGAGUAAUGGGUGGAAGAGGAGGGAUCUGAUGUUGACACUGCAUCAAAUCAAGCCUGGAACCGCAGGUCAGGAGUCUCUAGUUGCCGGCAAUAUUUGCUUCACGAAGAUUCUGAGCACACACGGCUUAGACUUGGAGGGGUUGAUCAAUACCAAGGACGAGAGAACAUCCAAGCGCCUGUGGCUAAAAGCUCCUUCAAGGUGCUGGACGGUGUAUUCCUUUUCCUGUCGGUUGGCUGGCAAAACCCCUGACCAGUUUCUUGUGGAGAUUACGGACUGUGGCAGCGACUCCUUCUCAUACACGAUUCGAGGGCUGACUGAGCCUGGAUGUUCCCAGAAGUUGAUUUAUGUCAACGCAGUGUUACGCAACUAG